AUGGCAGGUGACCCCUCGAAGCGUAACCAAAAUCUAUAUUGCGCGUACCACCAAAAGCCGGGUCACACCACAGAUGAUUGCAGGAAUUUGAAAAACCAUUUGGACCGGCUUGUUCGAGAAGGGAAGUUGAGGCAUCUAUUACAUCACCCUACGGGAUGGCAGGAACAGUCAAACAUCGAAACCAGACAAAGCACAUUGAGGCCACCCAUUGGCACAAUAAAUGUUAUUCUUGCCGCACCUGGAAGGAUCGGUUCCAAUCCUUUCAGAGUAAUGUCAGUGGGUAGGCUCCCGGUUGAGGCGGACGACAGGGAAUCCAAGAGGGCCAGAGCAAUUGCCACGCCCUUAAUCGGAUUCUCGGAUGAAGAAAAAUUGGGAACCUUUCAACCCCACGAUGAUGCCCUAGUCGUCACGCUCAGAAUUGAAGGUUAUGACGUGAAGAGAGUGCUAGUUGAUCAAGGCAGCGCCGUGGAAGUAAUGUAUCUCGACUUGUAUAAAGGAUUGAACCUGAAGCCAGAGGACUUGUUGGCAUACGACUCCCCUUUGGUCAGUUUUGAAGGAAAAACCGUCACCCCGAAAGGCAUGAUUAGGCUGCCUGUACAAACAAAUUCAGACGUGGUAGAGGUGGACUUCAUUGUGGUAGACGCAUACUCCUCCUCCACAGCCAUCGUGGCCCAACUGUGGCUUCAUGCACUAGGGGCUGUGUCAUCAACCCUACACCAAAAAGUGAAGUAUCCGUCAGGAGAUCGAGUGAAAGAAGUAAUAGGGAGCCAGGGGAUGGCCCGGUAA